UGAUUCAUUGAUCUCCCGUUUCAGAAAAAAAAAAUGGUGCUUAUUAUAGUAAUGUAUAAUAGUUUCUACUAUUAUACCGUAUUCUCUUGUACAGCGGUAUCGGCGCAGUGCUUUAGUGCGAGAGGUCCUGGGUUCGCGCCCUUCCUCCGCCUGUGUGCGGAUUGCUUCGCUGUCUGUGAUGCGCUUGCCUGCUGGAACGUGCAAUAUAUCCAAUGUUUAAAUUUGUAAUUUCAUCGUAUCACACGUUCUGCUUUGUAAGGAAAAAAUCAAUUGUGUCACUCGUAUAUGGGCGUAGCUGAGAGGAGGAGGAGGAGGCUCUAUUAUGACGUCGCCCAUGGUAACAGUGAAAUGUUUGAGGUUGCUCCCCUGGAGACAGGGACGGAGAGCAAUCCCUGCAGUGGACCAGAGUGGUUUGAAACGGAAGAGAACACAUCGUGGGUUAAUGGUAGAAAGUCCUAAAAAAGCAAAUUGUCAAUAAUGCAGAUGUAAAAUAUUUACAUCACAUCCCCGAUAGAUUGUGUUUUUUUUUUUUUUUUUUUUUUUUUCCAACAUGAUUGAAACGCUCAUAUCAGGGAACUUAGAGACUGGGAAAAGUUCUUUCCCAACUCUCUCUAGAAUUUCGGAUAAUGAUGUUGACAGCAUCUGGACAAAUGUGUCAGCAUUUGUUGAACGUCAGAUGUCCCUUCAGAAGGGUGUCAGUAUUCCAGGACUGGGGACCUUUACAUUCUCACAGCAAAAGCUCGAUGUGGGAAAUAAAACCAUUUUAAUUCAGAGACCCAUAUUUCUGAUUUCUGAAAAAUUUGCACAAACUCAUGGGCUAAAGCAAACCAAACUGUUCUGUGCAGGUGAUGUCCCCGUGGUCCAGCUGAACUUCACAUCUCUGUCCCUGGAGAGCCCUUUCGAUCGGGACACGGUGGAAGGCUGUGUGCGGGAGACACUUCUGCUCCUGUCCCGCUCCAUCGCCUUCAAGCGGAGCGUCCUGUUUUAUUUCCACGGCAUCGGAGUCAUCUCUAUCCGGGAGGGCAAAGUCAAGAUGAAGUUUUACCGGGACUUUCUGAACUCCAUGGACGGUAGCGGCAGCUUGGUCAAAGCUCUUUCAAACAGACCAGGGACCUGCGAUUCUGUGUUAACAGCGAGGGAGUCACAGGCACGGCCAGUCACAAGCAACACAGUCCUGCUUCCAAGGAUUCAUUUGGGGCAGCUGGGAAUGGAGACAGUUCCAGAAGAGGGGAAAGAGAUGGCCACAGGAGGGGAAGGAGAAGAAGAAAAGGUGACAGAGGAACCGGUGAAAGGAGAGCCCCUCAGCAACAGACAGCUGCCCUCCAGGCAAACAUUGACACCAGCAAGAGUGACUGGGAUCAGUGUGCCAGAUGAUCUGGAGAGGAGCAUAAAGAACACAGCCCCAGUGGAAAGGCUGAUCUCUCCAGUCCCACCUCCUGCAGUCAAUGACACAGAACAGCAGGGGAGCACGCCUCCCCCGUCGAAACGAGCAGUGAGCACCCCAGUCACUGCCUGUGCUGACCACUGCAGAGCAGGACAGGAGCUAUGCUACCUGUGCAUGCAGAGAGCCCGGAGGAAUGUGCCAGUGUAUUUCCACGAAGAGAGGAAGCGUCAGCAAGAGGAUGAAGAGAGAGUGCUGAUGCAGUACCAGCAACUAAAAGACCAGGCUUACCUAGAUAAGAAACAGAAUGACAUGCUGGCAGCAAGAGAAAACAAUAAGAAGAGUGCAGCCUACAAUUUGGGAGUCUCUGAAGCAAUCAAAGCCAGUAAAACUGCAAAACCUACAUUCAGUAGCUCCUACAUCUUCCCUAAGAGGCCCGGGACGCUGUGCCGCUUCCCCAGACAGGAGGAGUACAAGCAGAGCCUGUCCCUGCAAGUAGAGGCGAAAAAAGAGAAAGAGGCCAAGAGUAAACAAGACCAAGAGUCUCUGGACCGACUCGAACUAACACAGCUAGCAGAGGAUUUAGCAGCCCAAACAGAGCAGCAUUUAAGGAAUAAAGCUGAAAAAACCAUGAACUACCAAAAGGCAUUGGAUGCUCAGGUGAAGACAAAAGCUCAUGGUUUGCCCUCUGUUGAGCCAAACUUGGAGGAUCCCAUCUUUGGCAGCACCGUUUGGACAGACGAGAAGCUGCUGGAGCAGAGGCGACGUGCCCACGAGCUUUAUCGGUACCAGCUGGAGGUGUCUGCCAAGAAGAGGAGGGAUGCCUUGCUUAACCGCAUUGUGGAGCAGAAGAAAGAGCAGGACAUGCUUGAGAGAAACAGGAAAGAGCUGAUUGCAGACCGCGUCGCUCACUAUGACAAGCUGCGCAGCUGGCGGGCAUCACUGGAGGAGACGUGGGCUAAGACCGCUGAGGCCAAGCGGCAACGAGAUUUGGAGGAGGAGCAGUUCAGAAAGUCUGGUAGCCAUCUGUUAUUGGAGCAAUGUCAAAAAUACGGACGCUGCUAUAGGUGCAAACGCCGCACAACCAACUGCGGAGAAUCCAAUAUCUGGAUGGAAUCCAGAUACAUCCCGGGAUCACGGUUAAUGAUUUAAAACAAUUCUAGUAAUAAAUAACCCCUUCCCCUUUAUUACAGUUUCUGAUGAUUUAUACCAACCCAAUGUUUUGUGUUAAUCAUGAUCAUAAUAUUUCUAGUGUUGAUUUAUUGGUGAAAUUCAAAGGUUUUCUUUUUUUUAAUUAUUUCUGGUUAGCUUUUUUUAUGUUUACAAAUAGUAUGCAAUUAUUUUGGCGCUCAAGAAAAUACACUCUCCAGAUGACUGGAUUUUUUAGAUUAUGUUCAAAGUUUAAUUAAUCAGUUUCUAUAAUUAUCCCACGGAGUCAUGGUGAUUUGAAGAAAAUAUUCUGUUCUGUUUGCGUAGUGAACUGGAAUCAUUGAACUAAUGUUAAAAUACAAUAAAUGUGACUAAAGCAGUAUAGGCUUGUAUUUUUGUUUAACUUCUCAGCAGCCUACAACAAACAUUUCCAUGAACAGACUUAACUUUUUUUGAUCAAAUCAGACAUUUACAGUAAGCAAGAUAUUAGGUAUUACAUUCACAAGUCCAUUGUUAUUGCUUGCAACCAACACGGCAGUACCUUAUUGGUCCACUAUGAAAGGCGCUGUACAAAAUAAAGAUUGAUUGAUUGAUUAUUGUACCCAUUUAUCUUAAUGUCCGGACAGACCACCGUUAUUGGAUGUAGCGAUUACAGCUGGCAACACUGAGGUGCAUCAGUCAGAAAUGCUUGCUCCUGUCCACUAGCUGCUCCUUGCUGGUUGGUUUCCAUUCAUUCCUCACAAACCUCUUCAGUUCGUGCCAUACCAUCUCAAUGGGGUUUAGAGCCGAAGACCUGCUUGUCCGUGCAUGUUAAUGUAUGUUUAGAAGUGUUCGGUGGCUACCUCUAAUCAAGUUGACAGUGUAUUUCUCGUCACUCUUUGUU